CUUCGGCUUUUGAAAUGAUGAGGUUUUAUGUUGUGCAAGUACUUUCAUAGAAACUAAGUAAACAUGAACAAUAAUGUACUUCGAAGAUGCUCAUUGUACGUAUUAUAAAUGCAUUGUCUUCGGUAAAGAAGUCAAGGGGUAAAUUUUCGAAGCGCAUUCAAGAUUUCUGAGAAAAGUUCGCUAAUGCAUUACGAAGACUGAAUAUGGCGGAUAACGAAAGUGGAUAUGUCUAUAAGUGAGGAGCAGCGCCCACGGUAUGGAAUCACAAUCCAGGAGCUGCAACACCUUUCGGAGCUGCAAGGGUACGCGGCUGUCGCAGAAAUUGAGAAGUUUGGAGGAAUCGGAGGGCUGUGCAGGCUGCUGCGAACAUCCCCCACUAGAGGUCUCAGUGGGAUACGAGCAGAUUUGGAGAACAGAAGGAAGGUAUUUGGUUCCAAUAUGGUACCGCCGAAACCGCCAAAAACAUUUCUUCACCUCAUAUGGGAAGCUCUCCAAGAUGUCACCCUCAUUGUUUUAGAAAUUGCUGCUUUGGUGUCAUUGGGUCUUUCAUUUUAUCCUUAUAAGGAAAGACAGGAAGCUGGUGUCACAAUCGAUAAGGAUAAGUCUCAUGGAUGGAUAGAGGGCUUGGCCAUCCUUCUGUCUGUGACAGUGGUUGUGCUUGUGACAGCAGUCAAUGAUUAUACAAAGGAAAAGCAGUUUCGUAGCCUGCAAAAGAAGAUUGAAAUUGAACACAGGUACACUGUGCUAAGAGCUGGUAACAUCCACCUGAUUCCUGUACGUGAUAUAGUUGUGGGUGACAUAUGCCAGGUUAAGUAUGGUGAUCUCCUUCCAGCAGAUGGUAUUCUGAUACAGAGCAAUGACUUGAAAGUGGAUGAGUCUUCUCUGACUGGUGAAUCGGAGCUUGUUAGGAAGGAAGUGCUGGUUAAGCCUAUUCUGUUAUCAGGAACUCAUGUGAUGGAAGGCAGUGGUAGGAUGUUGGUAACUGCUGUUGGAGUGAAUUCUCAGGCUGGAAUAAUUGUCAAAUUACUGGGAGCUGCUGCAGAUGAAGAAGUUGUGCAGGGAAAGAACAAGAAGAAGAAGAAGGAGGAGGAAGAAGUGGAGGGGGAGGAAAGUAAAAAAUCAGAAGGUGACUUUGUUCAUUUUCCUCCUGGUUAUAUUUUUUACUGCUCAUUCGUUUCUGCAAUGAUAGUGAUUAUACUGGUCAUGCAGUUCUGUAUCAGAACGUACGUCAUGGAAAAAGAGCAGUGGAAGCCUUCACAUGCCAACGAAUUUGUGCGACACUUCAUCAUUGGCGUUACAGUGCUGGUAGUCGCUGUGCCUGAAGGUCUGCCACUGGCUGUAACUCUGGCUCUGGCUUAUUCAGUUAAGAAAAUGAUGUAUGACAACAACUUAGUGAGGCAUCUAGAUGCAUGUGAAACAAUGGGAAAUGCAACUGCAAUUUGCUCUGACAAAACUGGAACUCUCACCACCAACAGGAUGACUGUGGUGCAGUCAUUUGCAUGUUCAAUACUUAGAACAAAGGUGCCACCAUUCUCAGAUAUUCCAGCACCUGUUGGCGAUCUGAUUGUUGGAGCUGUAGCAGUUAACACUGCCUACACAUCGAGUGUGCUGCCAGCAGAUAGCCGUGGAGGUCUCCCAAAACAAUUUGGUAACAAGACAGAGUGUGCACUUCUGGGAUUUGUGCUGAGCAUGGGAAAAGACUAUGAGGCUGUAAGAGCUGACAUGCCAGAAGAAAGUUUCACCAGGGUGUACACGUUUAACUCCAUACGCAAGUCUAUGAGUACAGUCAUACCGAUUGCAGGCAGUGGCUACAGACUCUUCUCGAAAGGUGCUGCAGAAGUCAUGCUCAAUAAAUGUUCCUUUAUUUAUGGCCGCAAUGGUAAACUGGAUGUUUUUACGCAUGAAAUGCAACAAAAUGUGAUUCGACUCAUUAUCGAACCAAUGGCACGUGAUGGCCUGCGUACAAUAGCUCUAGCAUACAAGGACUUUGUGCGGACGAGUGCUGCAAAGAAUGACGUGUAUAUAGACAGUGAGCCAAAUUGGGAUGAUGAGAACUAUAUUGUCAGUGAUUUGACGUGUCUUUGUAUUGUCGGCAUUCAGGAUCCUGUUAGGGCUGAGGUUCCAGAAGCCAUACAGCAAUGUCAACGGGCAGGGAUCACAGUCCGUAUGAUAACAGGUGACAAUAUACACACUGCAAGAGCCAUAGCAAUGAAGUGUGGCAUCAUUCAUCCUGACAGUACGUAUCUCGUCAUGGAAGGGAGUGAAUUUGACAGGCGAAUAAGGGACAGCAGUGGAAAAGUCAGCCAACAGCUGCUGGACCUCGUGUGGCCUAAUCUCAGGGUACUAGCACGGUCUUCACCAAAAGACAAAUACACACUGGUUAAAGGUAUGAUUGAGAGCAAGCUAUAUCCAAACAGGGAAAUAGUUGCUGUCACCGGAGAUGGAACCAAUGAUGGUCCAGCUCUGAAGAUUGCUGAUGUCGGGUUUGCUAUGGGGAUUGCAGGAACAGAUGUUGCCAAGGAAGCUUCUGAUAUCAUUCUGACAGACGACAACUUCAGAAGCAUUGUGAAGGCCGUAAUGUGGGGGCGGAACGUUUACGACAGCAUUGCCAAGUUCCUGCAGUUCCAGCUCACUAUAAACAUUGUCGCUGUCGUUCUGGCCUUCACUGGUGCCUGUGUCAUUCAAGCAAGCCCUCUCAAGGCCGUGCAGAUGCUGUGGGUCAAUCUGAUCAUGGACACAUUAGCGUCACUGGCACUCGCCACAGAUAUUCCCGCUGUGGAGCUUCUCAAAAGGAAGCCUUACGGGCGCACGAAGCCUCUCAUUUCCCGACGUAUGAUGAAACAGAUUGAAUCCCAAGUGGUGUACCAGCUUUCAGUAACUCUUGCACUCCUUUUUGUAGGAGAUAAGCUGCUGGAUAUCCCAUCAGGCACAGGGAGUCAUGAACCCACUGAGCAUUUUACAGUAAUAUUCAAUACAUUUGUAAUGAUGGCUCUGUUCAAUGAAAUAAAUUCCCGAAAAAUCCAUGGUCAGAUGAAUGUAUUUUCUGGAAUGCUUCAAAAUAAAAUUUUCUGUGGCAUCUGGAUUUCAACAUUCAUAGCUCAAGUUGCGAUUGUCCAUUAUGGCUCGGUAGCAUUUUCGACAGUCCCUCUGUCACUCGACCAGUGGAUGUGGUGUUUGUUCUUUGGUAUUGGGGCAUUAGUAUGGAGAGCACUGAUAAACCCAAUACCUACAAGGAUAACAGCAAUGACACUACUGCGGGUUCGUGACAGGCACGAAGCUCACCAUAAGGUCCUUCCAAGCCCGAGUGAACCGAUGCUUCCUCGGAGUCGGGUUUUGUGGCUUCGAGGGAUUUCAAGAAUACGCACUCAGAUCAGAGUGGUGAACGCUUUCCGCGAAGGAGUGGAGAAGCGCGUGAACCUGGAAGACCCCGCAAUAAUCGAGGCCCUGCAGAAGCACGCGACGUACUCGAGGCGACUGUCAGCCAGUUUCUCGGUGCCCACAUAGGGGCGGCAGAAUGGGGCAUGAGCAACCGGCCAAUUGUUGGCAUGUGGGGCAACAGCAGCGUGGCUAGUGGUGCUCUGUGGGAUGUGACCUCACAGUUCCACUGCAGGUGCUGUUGUCCUGUCACGAUGAUUUGUGCAUCUCGUAUGAGUGUUUCCCUAUGGAGACCAUUGUUGUCUGCUUCUCUGACUCUGCAAAUGGAUGACAUUUGGAUUUCACUAAUGACAGACUCAGCUUCAUUUAUCACAGAUCAGACACUCAGUGACAGUGAACAGUGUGCUACACAGGUUCAAAUUAUUAGAUGUUUACUUUCUGUUAUGGUAGUGAAAGUUGAGACAGCUGUUAACAUUUGACUGAUGAAGGUUCGGUGUUUGAGUUAGCAGCUUCAAACACAAUGUAUUUUGUACUCAGAAAUACAAAUGUGUGACAGCAUAUAUUUUUAUAUAGUUAAUAUGCAUAAAUGUACAACUUUUAUAUAAUUAAAGAGAAAAUAUGUUAA